AUGGAAGUACGUUUCAUAGAAUUUAGCAAUGAGGAUUAUGGAGGUUUGAAAUAUAAUGAGAAAGGUAAAAUGAAGCAAAAAGUUGAUAAUAGUACGAUGAUGAAAAAGUUGGUAAAAACAAAUGGACAAGCAGCGAGAGCAUCAAUUAGUACUGGUUCAAGUAUGAAUCUAAUAAGCAGAAAUUAUGUAAAAAAGCAAAGGCUUACCUGGAGACAUUUGAAUAAGGAACCUACCAUCGGUCAUAUAGGUAAUAAAAUCGUUGGGUAUAUUCCUAGUGCUAAAAUUGAUAUAAACGGAAUCAGUAAUAAAGAAGAAUCUACAGGUAGUGAAAUAAUGGCAAAUGAAGAAUAUGCGAUGAAUGAUGAAAGAGAAAACAAAUUUGUAGAUGUCAGGUUAAAUAAGAGGAAAUCUAUCCAUUCAAAAGAUGGAAAUUCUAAAAACCAACCUGGAAUCGAUGAAAUCAGCAAUACCAAUAAUAAGAAUGAUGAUUCUUCUGAUGAAAGAACCCUGUUUGAAUCCUCUGGGGAUAUAUUUGAAGAGAGCGAACAUGAAACCUUUGUUGACUAUCAGGAAUCGU